AACAAAACUGUGUACUCCUACUGAAGCCAAUUACUGAAGUGUAAUAUUUAUUACUUUCUGGUGAACUCGAGGCUGGAAAGUCAGAAUACUUGUGCAUAAUUAAAAUCUAUUUAUUGUACAAUCUACUUAAUAAAUAAAUACUCUUAUCAAAUGAAACUCAGUAACUCCAUGCAUUAAGCUGCAGCUGAGUGUAGAGCUGGAAGAUCUAGAAGCAGUACUGUACAACUCUCCUGGGGGUGAGCAGACUUGCAGUCUGACUUCUAAAAUGCAGAGAGUUUGGGAGGCAAAAAGUUUAACAUUUCCAGUACCUGCUUUUUAUACCCAUUUGUACUCUGUGGUCACUUCCUUCCCCAGACUUUAUACUAGUGUUGUGUGAGCAGAAUUUAAAUAUAAUUUUCAAAGACAUCAUAAGACAUCCAAUCUUUUUGGAUUCUUAUAAUCAGAGGUGAAAGCGUUCACCUUGGCUCUCAGCUACUGUUCAAUCCAUUGUAAGGACAAAGACCCAUUACUGCAGAUAGGGUGUUAGUUACAACUGAAAUAGUAUUCCAAUGUUUAUGUAGAAAUCAUGUAUUUCUUAACAAAUCUCUUGUAAUUGAAGCCAUGGAAAGGGAGUUGUCAUGCCAGUAAAUGUAUAUAAACUUUAUACAAACAUUUUAUGUGAUCAUCAAUACAAGUGGCAUUUUUUUCCCAAAAUUGUUUCCAUAUGGCCUUUUAGAAAUUAGUCUUGUACUACUUUUUAGAAGUGGUAUUUACUGAAUUACAGCAUAAUUGACUUCUGAUUCUUUCUAUAUACUUAAUGAGUACUGAAAUACUUCAGAAUUUAUGUGUAAUAGUUAAAUAAAAAAGUUAUAAUUUUCUUACUACAAGACACACUUGAAUUCUGUGUUCUUACGUGAUACUAUCACACUUUUUACACUUCCAUUCUGAACCAGCAACAUCCUGCCAUAUGCAGGAUAGAGUCAGUUCUACCCAGAUGGACACAAACCCAGUCUCACCAGAAAGGUCUUAUGACCAUAUUCAGCCACUGCUGUUUUCUUUCAAUUGUUUUUAUCAGCCUUAAAUGUUUUUAAGCUCCAAUCACUACAUUUAUGCCAAACUUGAAAACAACCACUCAUACACUCAACCCAUAUAUGUUUUUUGUUCCAGAAGACACUUGCAGAAGUAGCAAAGUGAUGUGAAGUUAUCUGCCAAGAUGACUCUUCUACCUGGAGAAAAUUCCGACUAUGACUAUAGUGCCCUGAGCUGUGCUUCAGAUGCUUCCUUCAACCACACAUUCUUUCCAGAAACAGAAACCCUAAAGGGAGUCUUUUACCAAAGAGCCAAGCUAAUUCACCCUCAAGAGGAUCUCCUGAAAGGCUUUCACCCCGAUGAUCGGAAGCACCAUAUUAUUAUAAACGUAGGGGGCAUUAAGUAUUUGCUCCCAUGGACCACACUUGAUGAGUUCCCAUUGACACGUUUGGGACAACUAAAAUUCUGUAACAAUUUUGACGACAUUCUAAACAUCUGUGAUGAUUAUGACGUGACAUGUAAUGAAUUCUUUUUUGACCGCAACCCAGGAGCAUUCAGGACAAUCCUGACCUUUUUGCGGGUUGGAAAACUUCGGCUCUUGCGUGAGAUGUGUGCGCUGUCUUUCCAAGAGGAGCUGCUCUACUGGGGAAUUGAGGAAGACAACUUGGACUCGUGUUGUAAAAGGAGAUAUCUGCAAAAAAUGGAGGAGUUUACAGAAAUAAAUGAACGGGAGGAUGACCUCAUAGAAAAUGAUACAACAGGUGAAACAGUAGAGGAGACAAAAAUUGGCUUGUGCAUGAAAAAGUUGCAAGACAUGGUGGAAAGGCCGCAGUCUGGCCUCCCUGGAAAGGUGUUUGCUUGUUUGUCUGUUUUAUUUGUAACUAUUACAGCAGUGAACUUAUCCAUCAGCACCAUGCCUGACCUGAGGGAGGAGGAGGAAAAGGGUGAGUGUUCCCAGAUGUGCUACAAUAUUUUCAUUGUGGAGUCUGUCUGUGUGGCAUGGUUUUCCCUGGAGUUCCUGCUAAGAUUCAUCCAGGCAAAGAGCAAGUUUGCAUUUUUGCGGAGACCAUUAACCCUGAUAGACAUCAUAGCCAUCCUGCCAUACUACAUCACUUUGCUACUAGACAACACUUCCGUGGGCUAUAAAAAGCCCAGCUCCGGGAGCAUCUACCUGGACAAAGUAGGUCUGGUCCUCCGUAUUCUCCGUGCCUUGAGGAUUCUCUACGUCAUGCGGCUGGCCAGGCACUCCCUGGGGCUGCAGACGCUGGGGCUGACCGCUCGCAGGUGCACCCGAGAGUUCGGUCUCCUGCUCCUCUUCCUCUGCGUGGCCAUCGCACUGUUUGCACCCCUCCUGUACGUCAUCGAGAACGAGAUGGCGGACUCGCAGGAGUUCACCAGCAUCCCCGCGUGCUACUGGUGGGCUGUCAUCACCAUGACCACGGUAGGCUACGGAGAUAUGGUUCCCAGAAGUAUUCCCGGCCAAGUGGUGGCACUAAGCAGCAUCCUGAGUGGCAUCCUCCUCAUGGCAUUUCCAGUCACCUCCAUCUUCCACACGUUUUCACGCUCCUACAUUGAGCUAAAGCAAGAACAGGAAAGAAUAAUGUACAGGAGAGCUCAGUUCUUAUUAAAAACAAAGUCUCAGAUAACCAAUACGUCACAAGGUAGUGAUAUUUUAUUCCCCAGUAUCUCUUCUGAGAAUAGGGACAAUGAAUGAAAUUUAAGUUACCAUUUCUCCCAAUGUCAAGUAAUGUUUUGUUGUGUCAGGUUCCAUCUUUUUAUUUGCUUUGGAAGCAUUUUACAAAGGUAACUCUCAUAUUAAAAUGAAGAAAAGGAGCUAUUAACCCAUAACUGAUGUGGUUUAAGUCUAUUAUUAUGCUGUUUCUUCCACCACCCCCCCGCCCCCCCAAGUAGAAUGUAUAGGACAGAUCUUUCACUGAGAUCGAGCAGUGGGAUUUUAGGAAUUAAAAGUUCUCUGAUGAAAAAAAAGAACAACCUAUAAUUAUGUACUUGACAGGCUGUUUUGCCAUUUGUAAUACACAUUUUUCCAACCGAAUCACAAUGUAUAUAAUCAUUAAACAGGCUGCCAUUUUUCUUGCUCUUCUUGUAUAUAAAUAAUGUAAAUACAACUAAAAUAAUGGCUAAAUUUUCUCCUAGUAAAACGCCUUAGAGUGUAAUGGAAAUAACCACAGAUGUUUGUCCCAUUGUGCUCUUAAAAAAACAUUAAGUAAGAUUUGUCAUUCACAACAGCAACUGUAUAUUUUUUUUAAGUCAGCCCUAAACAUACCAGAAAAGAAGGAUCGAGCUGUUUGUAUCAUAAUGUUGCUAAAGAUGUAAAUACUUAUAGCUCACCAGCUUCAAAAUCUAAUUGAAGUUAGUGUUGAUCCUUUCUCAUGGAAUGCAGUAUUCCCAGGAACAAAAUCUUGGAGUUUUGUAGCAUUUAAUAUUAUUAUCAAGAGGUAACUAGCUGCAAAUCAAAUGAAAUAUGCAUGAUGAGAUACCAGUCGUUCCCUACCAUCUGUUUCCAUGUUUUUACUUUACCUCAAAUAUGAAACAGAAUUAAAAGAGGCCUGUUUCCAGGGGACACCCUACCAUUACUUGGCAAAUCGACACUGCGGCUACCCAUUCACAUUCAGCAUUUGUUCUUUAAAAGGAGCAGAAAAUAUAUGGUCGUGGGAAGUUGCCAAUGAUGAAAAAAAGAAAAUAUCAUUUGAGUCAUGGAGUGGGGGGGUACUGACAGCUUUAUACUUUACCAUCCUCAGUCAUGAGGACUUAAGGUUUAAUUAGCUCUACCUUUGCCAUCAUUACAGACAUCACAGUAAUGGAGAAAAUUCUAAACAGGAUAUGAAAAAGCAAUUAAGGUCCCAAAACACAACUGUGUAUUCUUCAUCCACACGCGUGUCUUGGUCUAGAUUCUCCUCCUGAAGUCAGUGGGAGCACAGGGGUCAAUGAGACACUUGGGUUUGGCGCAGGUUACUAUGGAGAUUAAUGACAGACCUCCCAGUUAUUUUAGAGGGAAUGAGACUGGCUUUCGUAGCAGCUCAGGAGAAAAGUCUAGAACUUUAAGAAAAGAAUUAAAUCCACUUGUUUGAUUUCAUGUGUGCUCAGAGGAAAAGAAAAGCUAAUCUUAAGAGUUUCCCCUCUAUUUUAGUAAAGUUAGUCAUUAGUUAAGGGGUAGGGGAUUUUAGAAGUUCCCAUCACAUUCAGCAAUACUUCUCUAGCCUAAUUUUCAGAAAUACAAUUACUUAUUGGCAUUUCUGGAGCAGUUUGCUAGAAACGCCAGAAUGCAUGAUGGUUUUGCGAUUUAAAUUAAGGCCAAGGACACAUACAUUGUCUUUUAAAAAGAAAAAAAAGAAAAAGGUAGAAUUAACUCCUCAGCCUAUGCUGUUUGGCCAAGCCCAUGUAUUUAAAAUAUAAUUUGACGAUGUUCUUAUGCUUAUUGUUUAGGAAUUAUUCCAAAACUUUUAAAAAUGUGCUUUACAAAUACUUAGGGCUUUAGCAUUCUUCUGCCUGUUGGAGGUAAAUACGCCCAUGGAGCAUUACUGCAGAGUGCUAAAUAUCCAGUUUAAACACUUGGCAAUCAAUUAUAUGCCAGAGUUACGAAUGUAACCAGCUUUUCACUCUUGUUCUUCAGCUUUAAUUAGAGUUGGACAAAAAACAGGAACAUCGUGACAAAAAAGGGACACAUUUUCCAUCCAAAAUACUCUUAAUUUCAAAACUGUUUGAUCAUCUGUAGCAUUGGCUUCAACACAAGUUCUAUACAUCCUUCUACCUUUGUGUCAGCAUUCAUUAUAAAAAGAACUGGUAAUUAGAUUAGUCCUGUGAGCAAUAGUUGCUUAUCUAAGAAUGCGUUUGACAGGCUGAGCCAUAAAUAAGAAGCUGUAUGUGAAUAUAAGGAGAAAUCAAGAAUUACCAAAUAAAACCCAAGCUUAUUUCUAUGUUAUGCUGCUGCUGAAGGUCCAUCCAAUUACUCAAUGUCUCUACAUUUUAAGUUAAUGCUCAUUUAUUUCAUGUAUCACUUUACUUUUUAUCCCGAAAUUAUAGCUUGAUUCUGAAGCCCUUGUCCAGAAAAAAAACCCAACCCCAAAAUAUCACCCUGAAGUUGGGUGUUGGUUGAGCAAACCCAUGAAUGCAUCUUCCCUGUUGCAAGUCCUGCUUAAGCCAGGAACAAAUAAGCCAUCCAGGAUGUACCCCAAUGUAAUUUUGUUCUUGGCAACACAUGACUUUUACGCAUAUCAACAUGUUUUACUGUAACAAACUAGCUUAUGUUUUACAGGAGGUAAUGCAUACUGUAUUCCUUAUGCUAAAUAAAUCCAGCUAUACAUCUUAAGAGCACAACAUUAGUAUGAAACCCACAUGCUGUGUUCCAGCUUUUACUGAGAAGGCUGAAGGUUUAAGAUGAUUAUGCCUCUUUACAGUAUAUUAUCUGAAGUUUUAGUCAAAUUCAUGAAAAUUAUGGAUUGAUUCAAAAGCUGUUUCCAGUGACACAGCUGACAGCAACCAAGUCAGCUAUCACUCCUUUUUUGCAUUUUAACAGCAUGUGCAGUCAACAAGAAAGUUCCAAUAAAAACACUUCGUGCUUUUAUGAAGUCAAACUAAUCGUUUGAAUUGCCACUGAUAAAGAGUGGUGCAUGUCUCCAGUAGAGAAAGGCUUGCAUUGCUGUCUAUAUUAUCCUCUGUAUACUGCAGUAAUAUGUACAGUAUGAAUUCAAACAGCAGUAGCUGUAUUAGUCUCGAUUAAUAAAGUGUUAGGUUCUCCUUUCAUUUUCAUGUGCUUCUUAUGGUAUAGAAAGACUGUCACGUGUGCUAUAGGCAUGCUUGAAAACCUGGGGUUAAUAUGAGAAGUGAGCAGCAGUUGAGGGAGAAUUUAGGCUACGAGCAUUGCUAGCUGAAGGAAGCUGGCUGUAAUAGAAAGCUUUUCCUAGGAAAUGAAACUAUCUCAGUACAGAAAAAUCUAGGUACCAAUUCAGGAGCUUUUAUAGGAAAAACUCUUUCUUGCAUGUUGUCCCGAGAAUCACAAUCACAGUUAAUUGGGACAUGACUUUAAAAUAUUUUAACUAUUUGACCAAAGAAUCUAACAGAUUCAGAAAGGAACAGGAAGGAUCUGUGGAGAUUGAGAAAGAGAAAAAUCCUUGAUAAAACUAGAAUUUCCACUUAAAGUGGUAUAUUAAAUUACGUUCUCCAAAAUCUUUCCCUCCUCAAUUCUUCUUCCUCAAAAACAAGAACAAAAGUAAUUAAAAUCACUUGGUGAUUGCAACACUGGUAAAGGAAGACAGAGUCACAAGGCUUCUCUAACGGUACAUAAAAGAACAUUAUUUACAAGGUGAGUUGGAAUAAUUUGUAUUACACUAACAUUCAUUAUAGGUCAAGGUCUUAGGGAAACUUAUUUUUAAGGACUGUGUAGGACUUGUCUCCAUUUGUCCCUUUUUAAUUUUUUCCACUGUAAUUCAAUACUCCAGAUUUCCAUAGUCAGAGGCUUUAGUAGUGUCACUGAAUAGUCAGUGUCCAAAUAAUAGCAACUUAAUUAGGGUCAUAGUUUUAUUUCUACAUUCAUUGUGGGUCCAGAAAAAUGGGGUUGUAUACCACAAUAGCAAUGUCCAAUUAAACAAUUAAAAAAUCAUGCAGAACUGAUUCAUGGAUUUACACAUCAUCAGAUGCAUGUCUGGGAAGGAAAACUGGCAUGGUCUAUAUAUUCAUGACUCAUGUGGGUAGAGUUUCACUGGGUAUUCAGGCUGAUGCAAAAGCAAACAUUUUUGCUGUAGAAUGUUCUCAUUCCUACCGCUAUAGCUCUCCUCUGUAACUAAAACCAAGGUUUCACAGGAAUCUCUGUGAACAAAAGCUUUCCACUCAAAGAGUCCUUUAGGCUACAGACUGGGAAUCAGAGUAAAAAUUCAUUUUAGGCACUUACCAAAGUGCCUGAAGUGGUGGCCUCAUUGUCAAAAGAUCUGAAUCACCACUGGGAGAUAUGUAGUCAUCUCUAUUUUUUAUUUAUUAAUAGAGUAAGCCUAGAAUAAACCAGAUCCCAAAUUCAGGUGUCACAUUAAAAGGCCAACAUUAAGAUAGGUGAAUCAGAGUCCUACUCUGCAAUUGUACAGAACCACUGAUUAAUUCCACAUCAUUUGUCCUUUCUACUUCUCAUUCAUUCUAUGUGGGGACCAAGGAAUACGAAGCAGCACAAAGAAUCCAGGUCCAGAGAGGUCACCUUGUUCUUGGUCAGGGUCAGUUUGAAACAAUAAGACAGCGGCAAACAUAACAGUUCUUGGCAGCUCAAGCCUGACUGUAAAAUAGUCUGUUCUAUACAAUUACUUUUGUUUGUUUAUUUGUUUGUUUUGAUUAGAUAAGAAAAAGACUGGCAAGUUAAAACAGGAGGAAAGGAAUAGAUCUUUCUCAUAACAAAGCUACAAAAUUUCACAUCCCUCUCUUGGGUUUGCAACAGGCUGAAAAGUGACCUGGAUACUCCUAAACCUACACAGAUUUGAUUGACUAUGUUUAUCAGCAGUUAAACAAAGUGGCAAAUGUAACUGGGAAGACUGUGCCAUUAGUCUCUGCUCAGGAGUCAGUCAGGGCCAUUAACCCCUAAUCUGAUCAGUUGACUCUGGCUUAGGGCCAGAGAGUUUCACUCAUCGUAUCAGUAGUUGCUACAAAUGGCCCAGUAUUCCCUGUGUUCUGUUGGCUACCUUAUGGAAGAUUUGACAGUGAAUUUCAUUUCUAUUUAUCCAAAAGUUUACCUGGGUACCAAAAAUAAAAGGAAAAAAAACCCCAAAAACCAAAGUAUGAUGCCGCCUGAGAUGGUGGAACUGUACUAUCCCAUAGGCACAAAGAGUGCAACCUACAGAAACCAGACAGAACUGAAGGCAUGAAACUAGAGAUCAUGGUACUGGCUGAAUGUCACCCUCAUCAACAAAAAUACACUUCAGAAGUUCUAUUGCUAGAACAGAAAAUGCUUAACACUAGGUUUACCCACUCACUGAUUUACCACUUCCUCUGCAGCAUUUUAACAAUCCCAUGAUCUCAGUGUUCUAACAUAGUAACAAUCGUAUAAAAACCAGGAAAGUGAAGACCAUUUUAGGUCCAAAACUUGUACUUCACUAAACCAAUUCAGCUCUGUGCAUGUUCUGUCUUGUCUUGUAACAUUAGAGUGUAAGUCCUUAGGACAGGCUUCCUUGUUUGGUAGCUGUCAGUCACUAUGUAAAAUCAUACACCACAAAUAAAGGUAAAUUUCUACACCACAAAUAAAGUCAAGGAGAAUUUUGCCUGUGCUUCCAAACUGAAAAAGUUCAGAGAUUGGUCUAUUAAUUAUUAACAAUAAAACUAGACCUUCCUCCCU